CCCAACUUUAUUUUAUAUUCAAUCUAGACUUUUCCAUUGCGAGCUCGUCCCAGCCCUUCUACAAACUCCCGCCUUCCUUCGCCGCCUCCGAAGCCGCCGUCUGCAGCUUCUCCGCCUUGACUCGCUCCGGCCGAUUCCCGCUCGCCGACUCUGCCAGGACUCGGGUCAGCUCGGCCGUGUCAGGAACUGCCUCCAGGCCGUCGCAUACCUUGAGGGCUGCGCCGAGAUCGUCGACUGGCAUGUCCGUGUUGAAGUGGUGGUCGGUCUGCAUCGGCCACGCCAGUAGCAACUCUCCGGCGACAAUCCCCUUCGGCGCCGGGUUCGACCUGCAGUGAGUCUAGUAGGAGCCCGCGAUUCGGUGGCCGACGCCUACUGCGGGGCCCAUCCGCUGAUUACGAGCCCCCUCCUCGCCGUCCGAUCCUCGAAGCCGAGUGGGAUUCCGCCGUAAUCGGACGGCUCCUGGACUGCCUUCAUGGGCUCCGUUACACUCGAUGGGCUUAGGAGCCCAAAAUGAAUUGCAUCCGUUACAAGCGAGCAACACCCCCACGGUUCAAACUUCAUACUGAAAGCAACCGCCGACUCAUCAUCUGUAGAUGCGAUUGAUUUCAACAAUAGCUUUGGCGGCGAUCGAUCCCAAGAGCUUUCGUCAUGGUCUCUCUCUCUCUCUCUGCACAAUCAAGGUUAAAUUCCAGAAUCUGAAUGUCGUAUUUCUUGUUAUUGCUAUCCAUUUCUGAUUAACGUGUCUUUCUUUAAUUGUUCAUUAUUUCCUGUUUUUUUUUUUUAAUUUUUUUUUGUUUGUCUCUCUCUUGUGAUCCGAUAACCAACCGCGUCUUUGAUUCUCCACGGAGCUGUGCCCUAAUUUGUGUCUUUUUUCCCCCGACGAGUACAGAAUCGGGAAUAAUUUUAUUUUUUAGUUGAAAUUGGCGCAAGCUCCAUCGUUUUUUGUUUUUGAUGCUAGAACUCAACUCGUGAAAUGCUCAGCCUACCCAAGCUUCGCUUGAUUUGAUUUUAUUAUAAUAGAAUCAGAGUUGAUCUGGAAUCACAUGCUGUUACACAAUAUGAAAUUAAUGAGGUACUUCUUCUACAGCCUCAUCCAUUUCUUAAUGAGCUUACUACGUCAGUCCACUAAAUUCUAAAAUUUACGUCUGCAAGUUUUGAUUGAAACCUCAUUCUUUUGGUUGCCUUCUUGAAAUCUUUUGAUCAGAGAGUCCUGUUGCCAAGGUACCAUGCCUUGAUAAGAAGUGGAUGUGCCUUAAUUCUAUUGGAUGUUGAUUAAAUUGUUGGGCAAUAAAAAUUAAGGAAGAUAAGUCUGGGGAAUUGCUUUGUCAAUUAUGUCAAUUGGAUGGUGCAAAUUAAGAAAGGUAAGUCUUGAGGGAUUGCUUAGCCAGUUAGUUGUGUAAAAUUCUGAUUAGGUUUACCUUCAAUACUUUAGCAACCAUUUGUUUCCGAUGCUUCUAUCACUGAUUUUCUCUCACAUACAAGAUAUCUGGCCGUUUUCUUCACUCAAACUUGAUGAUUUGAAAGUGUCAAAGAAAUUAGUUCGCAGGCUUCAAAUACCUGACGAAACAAAACAGUUUGUUUUUGCUAUUCAUGAGCCGGAAUCCCAAGCCAUAGUUUAUAUACUAGCUGUACAGAACUUGUCUCAGCAAUCAGCAGCAGAUGCAGAAUGUCUUAUUAAUGAAGUUCAGCCAGAAGCAGUUGUGGUACAGGUUCCUGCAUCAGCUAUGGUUGAGAUUCUAGCAGAGGAGAACAAGCCAAGGGAUGAUUUGGUGAAGUCAAUGCCAACGACUUCUUUUGGUGUUCUUAAAAGUUGCAUUGUUGACAAGAUUAAUAAAGAGAUGUAUGAGAAUAUGGCUGGGAAUUUAGUUUUGCAAGAAAUUUUUGGAAUCAGUUUUCAUGGGCAUGUUUUGGCUGCCAAAAAGGCUGCGGAGGAGGUGGGUUCCCCUUUCUUUUUGAUUGAAUCUCCACUUGUGGAUGCUGAGGAAAACCCGUCAAAUGAGUAUAAUAUGUUAAACAAGUUUCAAGCGCAAGCUUUCCUGGGAUGCAGUUUGGUUCCACAGAAAGUUGAUGCUGUUGCCCCAAGGAGAUUCUUGCUCACCAAUGAUCUCCAGUCCCAGAUGGUGAAAUCCUCGUCUUCAUAUCUCACCCGGUCUGCCUCAGAAUCAGUUCCUGUUUUGGGUAGGAAAAUUGGAGAGUUUCAAGCAAUAUGCAACUACCAAGCCCCACCAUUUGCUCAAUCUAUUUAUCCAUUAUUCACAGACUUGCAUGAUAUCUUUGUUGAUCUCCCAUCAAUUGGGAGAGCUUUGGCUUGCGCACAGAAGAUGCUUCUUGACGUGGACAAAGGAGAAACUGUGGAUGCACAAUUACUUUCUGAUGUUCGAACUUUCCAAAUUGCAGUGGAGGGGUUGAGGCUUGCACUGAACAAUUCUGCACGAUGCCCCAUCAGCGAAAUGCAAGCUCCCAACACAACUGGAAUUGAGUUCUCUGAACUGCCUAUGGAUGAUAAAUCCAAUGUUCUUUUAGCACAAGCCCUUCGAAGCCAAACAAAGAAUUUCAAAUCCAUAGUGGCCAUCGUGGAAGCUAGAAACUUAGCAGGUCUAAGGAAACAUUGGAAAACAUCAGUGUCGUGGGAGGUUGAGGAUUAUAUCAAGAAGAUAUUCACGAAAUAUGAAACGAAUGAGGAGAGCCUAGCUACUGGAAGCAUGGACUUUUUAAAGAAGUUUACAGACAAACCAAUGGUGGCAGUUGGGGCUGGAGCGGCUGCAGUUUUAGGAGCUUCAUCCAUACCCAAAGUUGUCCCCGUUUCUUCUUUCUUGAAAUUGGUUGCACUCAAAAUGCCUGUUUCAGCUAAGGUCCUUUUGACAUACACCCAGAAGGCCAUGACUCUCACACUUGGCAGAACAUUUAGCCCAUCAAGACUAGUGGCCCAUGGAAUUGCCAGUUACGGAGCCAAAACUUCUUCUGUCUUGAAGGGAUCUGCUUCUGCCCAGAAAGUCCGGGCUGUGGCUCACUGUGUUAUAGCCUAUGCUCAGAGAAACUCUUUUUCAAUCACACAGACAGCAUUUUAUGAAAUAAUGAGGAAGCGGAAGGUCCAGCCAGUUAGAUGUUUGCCUUGGACCGCAUUUGGUUGUAGUGUGGCAGUAUGUACAGGGUUGUUCAUGUAUGGAGAUGGGAUUGAAUGUGCUGCAGAAUCUCUUCCAGCUGCCCCCUCAAUUGCCUGUUUGGGUCGGGGAAUCCAAAGCCUACACCAAGCAUCGCAAGAAGUUACCAAGAGAAUAGCUCAAAGAAAACUGUAUAAAACCUAAUGUAUAGUCCCAAUAGAACACAAGGAGUAAUAAGUAUAAAUUAUUUCUCUCUUUCUGUUUUUUUGAAAUUUUCCUUCUCAAAUCUGUUCCAGAAAUUUUUGUUGCUUCGAUAAUCUGUAUGGUUUGAUAUCCUUGUACAUAUGGCCCCUUGAAUGAAAAUUUUAUUUGAAAGUCCAGAAAAA